GUAGCCUGAUGCUUGCUUGCUUCCAUUCAAAUCACCUUCAUGUCUUCUCACCGGAGGUUCGUGCUGGGGAACUAAGCAAGGCUUCAAGAUCACUCGUUAUGCGCUAAUUUAUGCUUGCUCUUCCGUGCCUAAUAAAUUGCUUAAAGCAUCCUUCAUGUUCCAGUUUCUCGAAAUAGUUGAGACAUCUACCGUUACCCCUGUUGCCUACGGAGUACUCUUCGCUCGUAUCAGCAACGCCGUACAGGUCAUUUCUUCGUGCUCCCAAGCAACAAGCAUAACCACAAGCCACACAUGAGAGAUAAUUGGCAUUCGCACAAUACAUUGUGGUUGUUCAUGCAACAGCGACACGCAGCCACCAUCCCACAACUCAUCAAACACCCACUUCGCGCAGAUAACGAUUGUUUGUUUACAUCUCCAGAAUCCCAGCAGAGAAUCAACCACACUCUGUGCCCCACCGUCCACCAGAAAAUGCAAUCCACCAUGGUCACAGACGCGCACAUCCCCGACACGCAGCCCGACACAUGCUACAACCUCAUGGACCUCCCCACGGAGCUCCACCUCCACAUCGCAACCUACCUCCCGUACCCGGACGCGCUGGCCCUGAAGCACAGCUGCCGCCACUUCUACCCGCUGGUCUACACGGGCGUCCACCUCAAGGUCGACUGGCUGGUGGAGCGCUUCGAGCGCAAGCUGGAGUGUCCGAUGGAGAAGUGCUCGUUCCGCACGGACGAGUCGUUCUGCAAUGCGCGGGUGCGCCGCAUCAUGGAGCGCCGGCGCCGCCACCUCGAGUGCCUGCGGUCCCCCGGCGGCUGCUUCGUCGUCGACGGGGAGACCUGUCAGAAGGAUCUGGUGCCGACCUGGCUGAAGAAACGGGGACGGUUGCAGAGGGCGCGGUCUUGGGGACAUGAAGUGUUUGUGACUGGGGUGUUGUUCCUCGUUCUCAACGUGCUGUGGCAUAUGUGUGGAAGGCUGCUUCUACUCGCGGAUGUCGACAUUCGACCCACGGCGUUCCUUCGCUCACCUUGACCCGAUUCUCUGUCUGCUAUCGCGGCGAUUUUGUCACUCCGUGUCCCUCACCAGCAGCUGGCUGCAACUACCAUUUCACAAAAUUAGCAACAUCUAAUACCUUUCCCUCACCUGGAGAGCAAGAGAAGCACCUCCUGAAUGCGGGCUAUCCUUGCUGGCCGACGGACUAUACUCUUACCUAUACUCGCAUCCUCAGCAUUCUGUACUUAACACCAACAGCAUGGCUGGCUUGAUAUUAUACAACCAAUCCACGAAGUU